GCAUAUUUAUUUAUCUUCAAAAUCUAUCUUCAAAACCUCUGCAAUUGGGGGUGGUGGGUGUUGUUCAAUUCCUUUCUUCUUUUCGUUUCUCAACACGUACGAUUUUUCACUUGAAUUUUACAUUUUCUGCAAAUGCUAUAUCAACCCCUUAUCAGACUUCAGUAAAGCAAUGUCCAUGGAGACUUGAUGAUCUUACCAGCAGCUUCCUUUUCUUUUGGGGCAUAUCUUGGUUGGUGGGUUGGUGAAGAAAAAAAAGUAUUUGAUCUCUGCAUUAACUUUUAUUUUUUCUCUUGGUUGAAUGAAGUGUGUUCAAUUCUAUCGUACCUUUCCAUCAUAUGAUCCCAUUUCUUUAAGCUCCCAAUGUCCUUGGAUUUGUCUGUUUCUUAAAAGAUCUACUUAUAUUAAAUAACUGGUUUUUGGGAUUGGGAUUUCCAGAAUUGAAUGGGUGAUUCUACUACUACUACUACUAGUAGUAGGAUUAGCAAUUCUCAGGUGACACCAUGGCAAGAAGUAGAGGGAAGAGUGGAGAGGCAUAAGAGCAUCAAGGACUGGUCGAUACAGAAGAGAAAUGCUCUGAGAGCCCGUUAUACAUAUGGCAUUAUCUUUCUCUUGCAAAAUCUAAUUGCUUGGUUUGUUCGUGACUAUGGCCAAAAUUUCUCACCUCAACUCCAAUAUAUAAAAUCUUGUGGAUCUGAGGGACGCAAUUGCAUCCAUACAGUGGGAGUCCUUCGCGUGAGUUUGGGAUGCUUUGUAUCUUUCAUGCAACUUGUUUAACAA